UGCAGCACAUUUUUGCUUCAAAUCAAGAUGAGGUCAUUGUUAGCUCUAGCUCUUCUCUCUUUCUCUCUCCUCCAGGCAGCAGCUGCUAGUAGUCCCUGCAGGACUGAGAAAACUACAUUCGAGCAUGGGGAAAGGAUAACUGAUCCACUGCCACACACUUACCUUAAUCUUGCUGAUCUCCCGUCUCAGUUCAGCUGGGAGGACAAGGACGGGCAGAACUACCUCACUCCACCAAGGAACCAACACAUUCCUCAAUAUUGUGGUUCUUGCUGGGCUAUGGGUACUACGUCAGCUCUCAGUGACAGGAUCUCAAUAAUGAGGAACAAUACCUAUCCAAUGGUUCAACUAGCAACUCAAGUUAUCAUCAACUGCAGGGGAGGAGGUUCAUGUCAAGGUGGUAACCCCGGUGGUGUGUACGAGUACAUACACAGACACGGUCUACCUGAUGAGACCUGUCAGAACUAUGAGGCAAGGAACGGAGAGUGUACUCCAAUAGAGAUAUGUGAAAACUGCAGCCCCAAGAAUGGAUGUGUAGCUAUACAGGACUAUACCAAGUACUGGGUAGGUGACUAUGGUAGUGUGAGAGGUCCUGAUAAGAUGAAAGCUGAGAUAUAUGCCCGUGGUCCUAUUGGGUGUGGCAUUGAUGCUACUGAGAAACUGGAGCAAUAUACUGGAGGGAUAUUCUCUGAAAGGAAGCUGCUACCAAUGAUAAACCAUGAAGUAUCAGUGGUAGGUUGGGGUGUUGAAAAUGGAGUUGAGUAUUGGAUAGUCCGUAACUCCUGGGGCACCUACUGGGGGGAGAAUGGGUUCUUCCGUAUAAUGAUGCACAAAGACAACCUGGCAAUAGAGACAGAGUGCGACUGGGGAGUCCCUCUACUGAAGGAACCAAACAAACAACAUCAAGUCCAUAAACAACAACAACAACAACAACAAGAAUAUAAAUGUUCUUGUGUGAAGAAAAGUGAUUCAGUUAAGACUCAUGUCCAUACUCCUGAGCCCCAUACUUACAUUAAACUGGAGGAUAUUCCAGCUGCUUAUGAUAUUAGGAACAUUAAUGGGAAUGAUUAUUCAACUGUUAACAGAAACCAGCACAUUCCUCAAUAUUGCGGUUCCUGCUGGGCCAUGGGUACCACCUCAGCUCUGAGUGACAGGAUCAAACUGAUGAGGAAAGGAGCUUACCCUGUCAUUAACCUCUCACCUCAAGUACUGGUCGACUGUGUCACUGCUAAUAAUUCUCAUGGUUGUGACGGAGGAGAUCCUACAGCUGCUUAUUCUUAUAUUUAUGAAAAUGGUGUACCGGAUGAGACAUGUACCAACUACCUGGCAAAGACCCAGUCUUGUGAGCCAGAGAAUGUUUGUCGUAACUGUGACCCAUCAGGGAAGUGUUUCGCUGUACAGAAAUACACCAAAUAUCAGGUCACAGAACAUGGUAGAGUAUCAGGAGAGGAUAAGAUGUUGAGUGAGAUCUUUGCACGAGGCCCCAUUGCCUGUACUAUAGCAGUGACUUCAGCCUUUGAACAAUACACUGGAGGAGUCUUCAAUGACACUACUGGAGCUAAAUCACUGGAUCAUGAGAUAUCCAUUGCUGGUUGGGGAGUUACUAGUGGAGGAGUUAAAUACUGGAUUGGACGCAACUCGUGGGGUACCUAUUGGGGUGAAGCUGGCUGGUUUAGGUUGAUAAGAGGAGUUGAUAAUCUUGGGGUUGAGUCCAACUGUGACUGGGCUGUCCCUGCUGCUAUUCACUAACUACUGAACUCCUACAGCUGCUUACCAUUGUAUUAUUGUAUAUUUUGUGUAGUUCCCUUUUGUUAUUUAUUGCUGGUUCAGCUGUUUGCUUUAAUCUUUACCAA